AUGUCGGUAGAAGAUUCCUCGCCAUGCUCCCCGCGUGCCAACUCCACCACACGACCACGCAAGAUUUGGACCCCUGAAGAAGAUGUGACAUUGAAGACGCUCGUUGCUCGCUACGGAGACGCACGAGGUCCCCAGGGGCAUUGGAAAGAUAUUGCCGCUGCACUCCAAGACCGCACUGCCAAGGACUGUCGGAAGCGAUGGUUUCAUUCUCUUGAUCCGUCCAUCAAAAAGGGUCGGUGGACAGCAGAAGAAGAUCAGAUCCUCUUGUCGGCUUAUGCUCGAAUGGGCCCUGCAUGGCACGACAUCGUCAAAGACCGCCUUAGUGGAUGGUCGCCACAAGAAGACGAAGUUCUACGAGAAGGUGUUCGGACGCUGGGUCACCGGUGGUCUGCUUUAUCGGCAAAGCUGCCAGGCCGGCCACCUCUCACCUGUCGUAACAGAUGGCGAGCACUUUCAAAAACAUCCAAAAGGCCUCUGACUACAGGAACACCCUCCCCACGGUCGCCUGCCACAAGGAAGCGUGGCGAUGCCACGGCAUUUGAUGCACCCGAACCCUCCUUAAACUCGCUCCUAGUAGCAACUGAAGCUGAUGCCGACAUCGGAAACGUCAUCGAUAUCAAUGGUAUAGUCACAUCUAUGGUGGAAAUGAGCACCGGGCUAGAUACGGACGACUUUCGCUUCGUCGGCGAUGCAGUGUCUUACAAUCCAAUCCUACACCAGUCCCAACUCAGCUCAAAUCUUCCGCCAAGCUUGGAUCUUGGCCACCUAUCCGAGCCGCUGCACCAGUCUCUGAGGGAACCCACCUCAAACAGUCACAACAGCACUCCUAAAGAAUGGAGAUCGAACAAACACAUCGUUCUCGGUUCCAAAUAUCACUUUGGAGACCCCAGCUCUCUCACCAGAUCCAAUCUGCUCAAGGAUAUCCCCACCUCAGUACCUCUACGCCUUCUCUGA